AUGAUGUCGCACGUACCGGAGACCAUGGCGGCGUGGCAGUACUUCAAGCACGGCGGCGGGGCUGAUGCUCUCUCGUUGAACGACAGCGUCCCCGUGCCCAAGCCAUGCAAGGGCGAGGUGCUGGUUCGCGUGCGCGCGGCGAGCAUCAACCCGGGCGAUUGGAAACUGCAGUCGGGACUCAUCCCCUUCCUGCCGCGCCGCUUCCCCGCCACCGCAGGGUUCGACCUCGCAGGCAACGUGGUGGCAGUGGGGCCUGGCGUUACCAAGUACAGCGUGGGAGAGGCUGUUUUCGGAAGGGCGCCGUUCUUUAAAAUGGGCGCCCUGGCGCAGUACGCAGUGCUGGACCUGCAAGGCAGCGCACGCAAGCCCUCCUCCCUUACCUUCGAGACUGCUGCUGCUCUCCCCAUCGCCGGACUCACUGCUCUGCAAGCCGUGAGGGACUAUGCUGGCCUGCCUCUCCCUGCAUCCAAACCGAGUGGGGAAGGGAGUGGUGACUGCAGCAGUGUGCAGCUGGCCAAGGCAGCAGGGGCACACGUGACUGCCACUGUAGGCGCUCGCAACCUCGCCUUGGCACGGAACGUGUUGGGAGCAGACGAGGUGUUUGACUACAACUCAGCUGCAGGGAAACAGCUCUUUCCUUCCCAACCCUCAUCCCCUUCGCCUGCUCUCAGCCUCUCUGCUCCUGCUGCUGCACAGGUUGCCCCAUCCGCGGACCCCCCUGGCAGUGGGCUGUAUGAUGUGGUGAUUGAUUGCUCUCCCACCAGCCUAGCUGUUUCUGCUGUGGACAGGGUUCUGCGUCCUGAAGGGAAGUGGGUGCAUGUGAUCCCCCCAUUCUCAGUGUUCGCUUUGGGACUCUGGCGUCGGUUUGCAGGUCGCCCAAAGAAGAUUUAUAAUGUUAUGAUGGAGAAUAGGGGAUCUGACUUGGAGGUGGUGGGGAGGAUGGUAGAGGAGGGGAAUGUGAAGGUGGUGAUAGAGGGUAGUGUGCCGUUUGGAGAGGCGAGAGAGGCUUGGAGGAAGAGCAUGGAAGGGCAUGUGACAGGCAAGCUGGUGGUUAGGAUGGAGUGA